ACACCUAAAAAGAGUACUUAAUUGGCUUGAAAAGUAUUCAUCAUAUUCUCAAACAGGUGAAUUCUUAGCAAAUGAAAUAUUAAAUAUUGUUAAAAAGCUUAGAUCAGAUAAGUUUGCUGCUGUAGUAAUAAAUACAGCUCCAAAUU